UACAUACUUAUUGCGCACAGCGAUAAGACAGAAGUGCAGUUUGAAGCUCUUUCGUACUUUAUCAAGUAUUCGCCGAAAGUAAAGAAACCGGAUAAUCGUGGGUGGUUUAUAGGGAUUGGAGAGGAUAUAAGCGGAUUCUUUAAACGGAGGUGAUACACAAUGACGAGCGUCGCCGCAUAAGUUAGGACUGAAACAUGGGAUUAUUAAACACACUGAGAUUUAUGCAUCUUGUUGCGAUACUCGCGGAAACCUUUGCAGGUAUCAUUCAAAGUACGAGCGAAUCCGUAUACGAGCCAAUGGAAUACAACCACGGGGUGUUGUGGCAGACCCUGCAAAAGGCAACUGCCACAGAGCGAAUUAUGAUGGAGUUUUCUGCUUUCCAACGGGUAUUUUCCCUGGAAAUAUAUUGCCGGAAUCGAUCGCACACACAUGCAGCAAAACGGACUAGUGUGAUGCAACCUUCAACGAAUGACGUCAUAUUCUGCUCGGGGCGAGAAACUAAUGACGACGGAAGUGUAGUGCUGCUGACUGUACAUGAGAGCUAUAUUGAGGGAACCAUCCGUAUCCAUGAAUUUGCAACGUACCAUAUCGUCCGCAGUGAGAGUAUAACUGGUCGUUCGAAUGCAUCACCCUCUGUCAUAUACAAUGGAUUUGCAACAAAAACGAUAGAGAGCGUGCAUCAUCAUCAUUCAACAGAUAUGACGGAGGAAAAGUCACUUGGCUUGCGAAGGAAAUCCAGGUCGCCUCUAAGUUAUGGAAUGGCAGCAGAUCAAAACCUUACGACUCGAGUGUGUUCACUGGAGCUGACUACAGACCCGUUUGUGUGGAGAUAUGUCCUGCAGAAACAUGACCAGAACAAGACACAUGCUGUUCAAGAAACUCACGCGAUGUUGCUAGAUCACGUAAAUGUUCUCAACAAAGUGUUCAGAGGCGUUCAAUUUACCGUGAACACAGAUGGAACUAAACAAACGGAAAACAUGAAUAUACAAUUCAAAAUUCAUAAAAUCAAUAUCUGGAAUGACAGUAUGUGUGACCAGACCUCCAUGAACAUCUGCAACCCUUUACUGGAGUAUCACCAAGUCCUACAGAGCUACGGCGAUGCAGUCCUAUAUAGAAGACUAACGAAAGACGAAGUGGCAACAAUAAAUUAUCCGGAUUAUGAUACCCCUGCUGCCAUUGAUGAUGAUUACCUUCACGACGACUACUUUAGCAACAGACACGGCCAAUACUGCCUCUCUGUGCUGUUUACUAGUAGAAAACUUCACAAAAAGAGCGAAGAUGGAAAUAUUCCAGUAAACGGGUUGGCGAUGGGAGCCGAAAUUGGAACCUCCUCCGAAGGCGUGUGCAAAGAACACAACUUUGCCUAUGUGAACCUGUACAGAGAUGCGGAGAAUCCAUACAAGCCCAGUACCCUGACACAUCUUGUUCUGGCACAUGAAGUAGCUCAUAGCCUUGGAGCGAAGCAUGAUACAGAUACGACCUCGUGCAAACCCCUCAUGGAUGGCGCGAUUUUCCUCAUGCAUAAUGUAACUGUUGAUGGAAAGGAUCCCAAUCAUUAUCGUCUCUCUCCGUGUAGCGUGGACAGCAUUACGAAGAUCCUGUCUGAUUCUAGUCGAACAUCGUGUUUUGAAGAACAAACACGGUCGGUUUGCGGUAAUGGCCUGAUAGAGGGAGGAGAGGAGUGUGAUUGUGGGACUGUCUGUUACCUUGACGACGGAUGUCACUCCUAUGAAAAAGAGAAAGGUUGCUCAUUGAAAUACAACACGAAUAAUAGUAAUUCAUCCGCAGACGGGAGCAUUAACAAAACCAUCAAUGGAGCAUCAUGUCGCCAUGGUUUAUGUACAAACACGACCAACACCUGGACCAAUGUUUCAUAUAUUAUGAAGACACAUUGGCGACUUGUGAUGCUGGGGACCAUACCGGUCUGCUCAGUGUUUGUUAUCUCAGUGGCCUUAAUACUGCGGAAAUACGGAUUUACGUCUUGUUUCCACUGUCGCUUAUCUGUAAGAUGUCGACCGUUUAGAAAUGGGUCCAGCACACUCAAGGACCAGACAGAUAAUUAUUUGGUGAAAGAUUUUCCCAAAGGAUUGACCAGAAUUCCGACCGAGGAUUCGCACAGCAAUCUUUUAGCCGGUUAUGGCAACGUCGAUACAGACAGUGAUUGCGUGUAGGAAACGUUACAAAAUGCUUAACUUGAAACCGAUUUAAAAACGAUUACACUACCUUGAAGUCUUUCAUCGUGUUCAUAUAAAGCAAGUGUUUUAUAAAUUCACACGUAAAAUUUACCUUUUUUGUGUUGUAUUACAUUUACAUGUGUUUUGAUAUGUAUUUUACAUGUUUUAUACGAGAAUUGUUGUGUUUAACAAUUUUAUAUAAUGAAAAGAACAACAACAAAAUAUUUGUUGUUUACACUUGACAUAUCGAUAAUACAUUUAAUAUAAUCAUGCUUUAAAAAACAACAACAUUAAUUCAAGUUAAACACAUCAACAACAAUAUGAUCAUACUAUUAAUAAUAGCAAACUGCAAAUCCGUUUAUUACCAACAAUAUCAUUCUAGUCGCUUUUUAUUACUCUGGUACCGCAAAUAUUGAUGUAUGCUGAUCGUGAAGCACUAGUUUUUUUUCUCCCAACAUGUUUAUAGUUGUUAAAAAGUUUACCGCAUUAGUGAAGACUUUUUUCUAGAACAAGGAUC